AAAAAGUUUUUUUUGAAAAGUCGUUUGAAAAAUACAUCGUUUGUGAAAAAAAGUGAAAAUGACUCUGUUAUUACGUGAAAAAGUUACAUGACAGUAAACCAAAUUUUGGCAUACGAUUCAUUCUUCAUAAACUUGUUGGAUAACCAUUUUUGAUUUAAAAACUGGAUAUAAUUUCAAGUAUUCACUCUGGCUAAUUCUGUUAUGAAAAGGUGUGACAACAUGACAAAACUUCGGCGAUCUGGGUCCAUGGAUUUCGGCAAUCCAAGCAUGUCUAAUGUUUUAGACAUGGCUAAAGCUUUAUGCUUGGCAUGCAAGCAAAGAAGCAAACCUAAGCGAAGCUUUAGUCUUUUUCAAAUUAAGAGCUGUCCACCUGAAGAAAUAUACUCAGUUCGAAAUCUACCACCUCGCAUGGAAGGCGGUCACACUCCUGCCUCGGCACCUACAGGCGAGGUCAUCCCUGUGGUGCAGAGCCGGAGUGCCAGUGGUGCCAGUGCCACCUCGGCUGCAGCCCGAUCUCUCUCCAUGAAUUCCGUGAGCAGCGAGGGUUCAGCUGAAAGCCAUGUUGUGGAGCAGGAAGAUAUAAUCGUUCUCACGCAUGAUGUCAGGAGUUUCAAAGAAGCUCUAGGAAAACUUAGAAGAAUAUUCCAUCCAGAAAGAGAUAAAACAGAAACUAUGCGCGUCACUUCCCAUGAGCGAUUAGGAGAAGUUCUCAGAAUAUUGAGGAGUAUUCUAGAAAAAUACCCGCCGAUACAAUCGACUGAGUUGUUAAUGACCGCCGGUACUCUAAUUCAACAAGUGAAAGGAUACAAUUAUGAAGACGAGAAAUCAGACCCUUCGAAUUUUUUUGAUGCAAUUGACCAGCUGGCUCUGGCUUUCAGCAGCAGGGUGUCUGAAUAUUUGAUGGGUGACCUUGACAGUUCUUCACAGCCAGUACCAAAAACAAGAUCCUGUGAUAACUUAUUAUCGGCUGAUGGUGAAUGUGAUCCUUUCGUUAGAGAAAAAAGAUUGGUUUCUACUCUCCCACCUGAAGAAAUUGAUGCCCGCUUAGCUAGAUUAAAUGAUGGAGUUGAUCUGGCAUUAAGAAGAGCUAAAGUAUGGUCAAAGUAUGCUAAAGAUGUGAUGACUUACAUUGAAAAGCGCUGCUGUGCAGAAGCUGAACAUGCCAAAAACCUAGUCAAAUUAGCGCAAACUAUGAGGCCAAUACUAAAAGAAGAGAGUUUCUUACCCUUUCAAUCCAUUUAUUAUAUGGCACUAGACCAGGAUUAUGAUAAUGGGCAAACAAGUUUAAAAACCUGUGCUGUACUUCAAGGACACAAAUUUAUUGAGCCUCUUACAGCAAGAAGAAAUGAACAUGAGAGGUACCGCAAACAAAUAAAAGAAACUUGGCAUAGAGAAUUAAAACGAACACAAGAAUCAAUUGUAAAUUUACGAAAAGCAAAGGCCUUGUAUUUCCAACGACAACAAGAAUAUGAAAAAGCAAAAGAUUCUGCUGUACGAGCAGAGAUUAAUGAAGGAGUUGAAGCUAGCAAAGUAGACAAGAAACGUAGGGUUGAAGAUGAUGCUUUACAAAAGGCAAUGGAAGCUGAAACUACUUACAAAUCUUGUAUACUUGAUGCUAAUGAAAGACAGCUCUCUUUGGAAAAAAUUAAAUGUGAAGUACUGCAGCAAGUUCGAGAAUUAAUAUACCAAUGUGACCAAACUAUGAAAGCGGUAACUGUUGGAUAUUUUCAACUACAGUCAACUUUAUCAGCUCAUGCUCCUGUUCAGUUCCAAACCCUGUGUGAAAGUAGUCGUUUGUAUGAACCUGGAACUCAAUAUAUGGAAUUUGUUAAAAGACUUCCACAACCCACUGGACCAGUAUCUAAUGGAACUUCUCCCUUUACAUUUGAAUCUUAUUCAUCUGAAAAUAGGCUAGAAAAAACUAGGCGAUCAAAUGGUUCAAACGAGAGUAAUGAAGAUAUUCUCAACCACAAUCUUUUGGAACCUAGACUGUCGACUGAUAGUCGAGAAAAAAUCAGAACUGUACAACCUAUAAAAGCUUGGGGAGCAUCAACUCAAGCCACCAUGGGAAGUGACUCGGACAGCAUGAGCAGCUGUCCGAGCAACAAAUCCCAAGACACUAGUCCAGCUGCUAGUCCACACAUAACUGCCAGAAAAAUAGUACACGUAUCUUCUGGAGAUGAACUAGAAACUGAUCAUGACAAUGUGGAUACUUUUGGACAAGCUAGAAGGCCAUGUAUGUCAAAAGCUGCAGAAACACAUACAUUUAGAAGAUUAAAAACACCUUCCAGAUGUAGAGAAUGUGAUUCCUAUGUUUAUUUUCAUGGUUUUGAAUGUUUUGAGUGUGGCUUAGCUAGUCAUAAGAAAUGCCUUGAAUCGUUAGCUAUUCAGUGUGGGCGUAAACGAUUGCCUCGCAAAAUGACUACUUUUGGCGUUGAUUUGACUACACAUGCUGAUGAAUCUGGCGAAGAAGUACCCUAUAUUGUAAAUAAAUGUAUUGCUGAAGUUGAAGAAAAAGGAUUCUACUUAAAAGGUAUCUAUCGAGUUUCUGGAGUCAAAUCUAAAGUAGAAAAGUUGUGUCAAAGUUUUGAAAAUGGAGCAGAGUUGGUGGAUUUGGAAGGAGUUCAUCCUAAUGUGGUUUCAAAUGUUUUAAAGUUAUAUUUAAGACAACUACCUGAACCUCUUCUCACCUACAGGCUUUAUCCUGAUUUCAUAAAAAUUGCAAAAGAUUAUCCCUCUCAAAAAAAUGAAGAACAGUCAUCUUCUCAUGGUGCUGUUGAAGAAUUGAAAAAACUGGUUCUUCAUCUACCACCUAUUCAUUUUGCUACCUUAGCAUGCCUUAUGCAUCAUUUACAUAGGGUCACUGAAUAUUCAGAUCAUAAUAAUAUGCCUCCAAGUAACUUGGGUAUUGUUUUUGGUCCAACUUUAUUACGUACUAGGUAUGGCUAUUUUGUAUAAUUUUUAAGCAUUCUUAAAUAAAGCUUUUAUAUUACGUAUUUAUACUA